UCUCUUCCUCAUUUCCUCUCUAUGAUCUGAGGGUGUGAUCCAGUCAGAUCACUGUGUGAACUGCUUGAAGAUUAACAGACUAGGACAGACCCAUCAGCUGCCAACAGACAAAGGAACGGACAUAUCUUUUGUCUUAUUUCAGAUUCUAUUUAUCAACCAUUUGAGGGAUUCUUCUUGAGGGACUGGUAUGGACUUGAGGGGCCAAAUCACUGUUGGAUGAAACUUUGAAUCAUUGGAACCCAAGUGGAAUCGCUGAAUCAAGGAUCAAGGGUCAUUGUCGUAAAGGGACUGAACAGCUCUCAGUGUGAUUUAGUUGUAGAUGAGACUUUUGUGAGAACAUCCUUGGCUUUUGGUGGAAGCAAGUUUUUUUUCUUUGAGACUUGAGCAUCCUUGUAACAUGCAGCCUAUGUCUAGCCUCAGAUGCAGGGAGCAAGAAGAGGCAUCUUUGCAGCACCUCAUGCCCAGAUCUGUCAGGGUUACUGGGGUUACAGGAGCAUCCUCUGGUGUCAUAGGCUUCCAAGGGCCCCAAAGACACCCCAAACUCCCUCGAGAGCUCAGCCUGCAGGAGCAGCAGGAGCUUAGGCGCAAGAUUAACAGCCGGGAGAGAAAGAGAAUGCAGGACCUCAACUUGGCCAUGGAUGCUCUUCGGGAAGUGAUGGUACCUUAUUUUUCCUCCCCCUCUUCAUCUCCUGGUGCAGGAGGAGGAGGACUGCAGCACCCUUACCUGCCUCCCGGAGCUCCUCCAAAUGGCCGUCGUCUCUCAAAAAUUUCCACUUUGGUUUUGGCACGAAACUAUAUUCUUCUGUUGGGUUCAUCCCUUCAAGAAAUGAGGCGACUCCUGGGCGAGGUCAGCAUCGGGAUGAGUGUUGGUGGGACAGUACCACGCCUCCUCCUCACUAGAGGGUGGCCAUUUCUCACAGGUCCAGGACAGCUUCUGCUAAGCCCCCCAGAGGUCCAGCCACUUUGCUCAGUCAAGUGUGCUCCACUGCCACUGAAUGACCCCUCAAAUCUGGAGGAAUCAUGGGGUUCAGGAAGGGUGAAUGGAACCCCACUCUGCCCCUGCGGCGUGUGUAGGGUGCAAAGAGUGGUGCAUGGUGCACCUACAUCACGCUUCCAAAAAUAAGCACAGGACACCUGAAAGAGGAUGCACAUUUCUGAGAUCAUAAGAAAACUGCUUUUGUAUUACAAACAUGAGCCCUCUUUGUUUCAUCUUUUCUUUCUUUGUUUUUAUUUUGUUGUUGUUGUGGCUUUUUGAUGUCAACUAUUACUGUAUUAUUUAUAUGUGCCAGUGAUUCCCCUGCCUGGUUCCUGAUACAAGAAGUGUUCAUGAUGUAUUCACUAGAGGAGCACAAAUCGUGAACCGUGAUUUUUUUUUAAAGCUGAAUCUCACAUUGUAUGGGCUAAGAGAAAAACAUUUCAAUACUAUAUAUUUGCCAAAAUUACAACAUAUUCCUAACCUUGACAUUUUAUAUCUUAUUGCUGCAAUAUAAUGUAAGAAUAUAAUUGGGGUGUUUGGCCCUCAAGUAGGAUGUUGUUUAGGGUCCCAAAAUGUAUCAACAUGUGUUGGAAACCACUGAUAUGUGCAAUUGACCAACUGAAGUGUUCAGUCUAAAUAGCACAUAAUAUGUAAAACAAUAUCCUAAACAUUAGUCUAUUCUUGAAUGAGACAAACUGCAACCUAUAAAAGCACAUGAUGUGUCUAACUCCUAAUAUUUUGUACAGAAAAAAGUAAAAUUUUUCUUCUACUGACUUUGACUACACUCACCAUUCAUGGCAAUGAGAAUAAAAGUACCUUACAAAAAGUA